CGACCUAUCGUCCCCGCUGCUGCCGCUGCCCGUUAACAGCGAGCGCCGGACCGCCCGCCCGCCAGCCCACCGGAGACCGAGCCGGCGCCCGGUGACAUGUUGCAGAAACCGAGGAGCCGGGGCCGCUCUAGCGCCCAGGCCGAGAAGGACAAGGAAUGGAGCCCCGGCCGCGUCACCCGGGUCCCAAGCGGUGGCGUUGCUGAGGAGGCCCCGAGCACCUCCCGCGGGCCGGGCGGCUCUCAGGAGGCCCUGAGCUCCGCGUCGCAGGCCGCCCGCCGGGCCCAGGCCGCCCCCUCCGCGGGGCCCAGGACCCAGAAGCAGCUAGAGCUGAAGGUGGCCGAGUUGGUGCAGUUCUUGCUGAUUAAGGACCAGAAGAAGAUCCCGAUCAAGCGGACCGACAUAAUGAAGCACGUCGUCGGAGACUACAAGGACAUCUUCCCGGACCUCCUCAAACUGGCUGCCCAGCGCCUCCAGUACGUCUUCGGGUACCAGCUGGUGGAACUUGAGCCCAAGAGCAACACCUACAUCCUGAUCAACACCCUGGAACCCGUGGAGGAGGAUGCCGAGGUGAGGGGCGAUCAGGGCACACCCACCACCGGCCUCCUGAUGAUUGUUUUAGGGCUUAUCUUUAUGAAGGGCAACACUAUCAAGGAGACCGAAGUCUGGGACUUUCUGCGGCGGUUGGGGGUGUACCCCACCAAGAAGCAUCUAAUUUUUGGGGAUCCAAAGAAACUCAUUACUGAAGACUUUGUGCGACAACGUUACCUGGAGUACCGGCGGAUACCUCACACUGAUCCUGUAGACUAUGAAUUCCAAUGGGGCCCGCGAACCAACCUAGAAACCAGCAAAAUGAAAGUUCUUAAGUUUGUGGCCAAAGUGCAUAAUCAAGACCCCAAGGACUGGCCAGCGCAGUACUGUGAAGCUUUGGCAGAUGAGGAGAAUAGGGCCCGACCUGCGCCUGAGCCUAGUGGCCAAGCCCCAUCCUCUUGAAAUCUGAAAUGGAUUCAGAGGGACUCCUGGGACAAGGGUCUGGGACCCAAAGACACAGUGCUGAAGGAAUUAGGGAUAGGAGGGACGGAGGGAGCAUAUUUCUGUAACGCCUAAAUGUGUGUAGCUUUAGGAUGUGUUUGCAGAGUUUUGUUUGUUUAAUAUUGUGAGUUGUUUGGUUCCAAAUUUUCAUUUAUAAACAGAUUAGAAGAGCAUUUAUUUUGUUUUGAUUUGUUUUACCUUUUUUGAUAUAAAAAUUUUGCUAGCUUUGUAACUGGAAAACUGUACUAUGAUCUGGAACAGAUAUUUAGGAAAGAACACGAGUAAAUUGCUUUGGUGCCAGGAAAAUAAAAGCAAAGCAGCUAUUCUGAACUACUUCAGUUUGUGAGCAAAAAUAAAAGUCUUUACAAUGUACAUAA